UGAAGUUUGCCCCGUCCCACUCCCAGUCACCACUCUGCUGCCUGGUCAAUACAGCUGCAUUACUUCCUGCUACAACCACAGUGAGCGUGCGGCUGAGUAGAGUUUGGAGAAAGAAAGACAGGACGGACGCCAAUGUGAGCAUGGCUGUGACUUUGGAAGAAGCUCCGUGGCUGGGCUGGAUCUUGGUGAAAGCCCUGAUGAGGUUUGCCUUCAUGGUCGCCAACAACCUGGUUGCUAUUUUAUCCUACAUCUGCUAUGUAAUUAUACUUCAGCCCCUUCGACUGCUGGACAGUAAGCGGUUCUGGUAUAUUGAAGGAAUCAUGUAUAAAUGGCUUUUAGGAAUGGUGGCUUCUUGGGGAUGGUAUGCUGGAUAUACAGUGAUGGAAUGGGGGGACGAUAUUAAAGCCGUUUCACAAGAUGAAGCAGUGAUGUUGGUGAAUCAUCAGGCAACAGGGGAUGUUUGUACUCUGAUGAUGUGCCUCCAGGACAAAGGCCUGGUUGUUGCUCAAAUGAUGUGGUUGAUGGAUCAUAUUUUUAAGUACACAAACUUUGGAAUUGUUUCUCUGAUUCACGGAGACUUCUUUAUAAGACAGGGAAAAUCUCAUCGUGACCAGCAGCUUCUUCUUCUCAAAAAGCACCUAGAAAAGAAUUACAGGAGCAGAGACCGAAAAUGGAUUGUUUUGUUUCCAGAAGGGGGCUUCCUCAGGAAGAGGCGAGAAACAAGUCAAGCGUUUGCCAAAAAAAAUAACUUGCCAUUUCUUACACAUGUCACUCUGCCAAGGAUUGGGGCAACAAACAUUAUCUUGAGUGCGCUUGUAGCACGACAGGAAAAUGGAAGUCCAGCAGGAGGAGAUGCUAAAGAAUUAGGUAGCAAAUCGAAAGGCCUCCAGUGGAUAAUAGAUACAACUAUAGCUUACCCCAAAGCUGAACCCAUAGAUAUUCAGACCUGGAUCCUCGGGUACAGGAAACCAACCAUCACACAUGUACAUUACAGGAUCUUUCCAAUUAAAGAUGUACCCCUGGAGACGGAUGGCCUUGCUGAUUGGCUCUACCAACGUUUUAUUGAAAAAGAAGAACUCUUAUCACAUUUUUAUGAAACAGGAGCUUUUCCACCUCCCAAGGGCCAUAAGGAAGCUGUUUCCCGGGAGAUGACCCUCAGCAAUAUGUGGAUAUUUCUCAUACAGUCUUUCGCAUUUUUGUCAGGCUACAUGUGGUAUAACAUCAUCCAGUAUUUUUACCAUUGCCUGUUCUAGGAAUUGACUUGGACUUGUCAAGGUCACCAUAGGAGUUCAGACUUUCAUAAGUGUGCAUUAUUUUACAUGUGCAAAUCAGAAUAUAAAAAAAAUAAGCAAAGGAAAUUCAAUGGAUGGAUUAAUAUUUAUCCCCCUUUGGGAUAUUUUAAAACUCUACUAAAAUGAGGAUCAGUAAUAUAAUGACCUGCUAAUAUGUUUUAAGGACCUUUCACGUUUUAAAAAGAUACACUCUACCACAAACUUAAGCAAACACCACAUUUGGAGAAGAGGAAAUCAUAAACUCAUCGUAGAAGACCGUCUGAGAGAAACUCCGUUGCCACCAGACGUGCUUGAUGACCUAGUUCCAGCUCAGAGAGUUGUAUUCGUUCCUCUUUGCUAGUAGUCUCUAUCAGGGCAGAGCUGUAGAGCGCCCUCAUUUCCACCAACUCUGGCUGUGUGUCUAGGAGCCUGGAGGGGAGCUGGGCGGCGUCCUCAAGAACUGUUCCCCUGCAGUUCGCAGUGACACUCCGGUGUCCGGCACAGCACGCCCGUGGGGGAGAAGCAGUGUCCACUGGACACGUUCCGGUACUAGAAUGUGUUCCUAAAAAGGCUAGCUCAGUCCAACAUCGUGUUUACAUGCGCUAGUGCUUUCCCUUAAAUGAGGGGGGUCACUUGAUUUCUCUUUUCAUAUAGAGGCAUAUCAUAGACUGAUAAUUGUCUUUUACCAAAUGCACUUUUAUCAGAUGCAUAUAUAGCAAAGGAUUAGUAAUAUAGCCUGAAAACAAACGUCAGCAUAAUCAGUGAACGGGAUUCUUGAGAGGCUGUCUCCUCUCUGCGUGGGUACCAGGGUGCCCCCUGCACGGAGCGCCCACAGGAGCCUUCCAUCGGCUCAGAGGCUGUGUUCCGCCCACUUCGGCUUGUUAGCACCAACUGUAUUUGGGAGGGGGGCUGCAACAGAUUAAUGCGAAACAUUAUGAUCAGUUCAAAGUGAGAUAGGGGUUUUAUUAGAAAAAUAAGAGUAAAUAAGAGAGCCAGACAUAGGCUUAAAAUGGUGAUAAGUUCUCACAUGGUACCCCCAAACCUGUGUUCUGUCAUCACCUCAAGUUGCUGCCCACAUCAGGGUGGUGUAACCAUCAGACCCGCACAAAAGGCUUCCCAGUCUCUUUACAGUUGCUUUAAAGAGGAUAAAGUCAAGUUUCUAUUUCUAGAGAAUACUUUUUUCCCCUCCACUAUGAUUUACCUCACGGUCGAACCAGACUCUUCUCAGAAAGUGCUGGGAUGGCCUCUGUCCCUCACCCGCACUCCCAGCAUUGAGACAGAGUUGGUGUUUGGUUUGGGAUUGUGGGCUCUGAAGAUCCUAGGAAGUCAGUGGCAGUUUCCUGUGAUAUGAGCGUUGUAGAUGCCCUGUUGUCACUAAUCCUACAAAUGGCAAUUUGGAGAAGUAGGCCAGAAAAGAAAAAUAGAGGCUAAUGUUUUCUAUUUUUAAAUAAACCAAAAAAAAAAAAAAAAAAACUGAAAAGAUGUGAAUUUUCUCCCAGUUAUGUGGGAAAGGUAAAGCAACACCAAAUACAAGCCCACAGCAGCUUCAUCUUUGGGUUAAUUCCGUGCAUAUAUGAAAGAGAAUAAUGUGUUAAUGAAAUACCUCAUUGCAUAUUAUGCUACUACUGGUAAAAUGCAGAAGACAGUUAUUGUAUGUGUUUUGGAAGGGGUUGUUACAAGAUGCAAUUUUUCUUUUCUUUCUUUUUUUUGGAAACCUAAGCAUUUUACUGUGUUUUACAGGGACAGUGAGUAGGUGAAACUGAUCUUGCUUCAGAGGCAUGGAUGGCGAUAGGAAGCCUUAACGAUGCUUCUGUUUGAGGUCCAGCAAACGCUGCUAGAAUCCAGGCUGAAUUGAAAUUGUUCACUUGAGAGGUUAGUCAGCUAUCUGGAGAAUAAUGUGCUCACUGUCGAGUAUGGCGCACACAGUCCUAGCUAGAUAGGCCUUUUCCUUAUCGCUAAAGCAAGCCACAGCAAGGGCUGGCCAGUUCUCCUGUCAGGGCGAGAGAGGCAUACGCACAUGCGUAAACGUAGGUCACGGCCACUUUGCCAGCGCUGUGCUCCAAAGGAACGUGCUCUUGUUAAUAUACUGUACACAUUAAACCAGCUAUGGUGUAAGACGCUUUACUUUUCAAGCGCAGAGUCACGUCAACAGUCUGUAGAGUGACAAAUACCAAUAGAUAUGUGAGUUCAUUUUUUGUGAGUUGUAAUAGAUGUGUCACUGAUCUACGUAUCCCCCUCCUAUUGUUAAUCAGCGUGUUCUCUCUUUUUUGUUCAUCUGAGAGCAUCGAUCGCGCUCUCCUUACCAGUAACUGGAGGACAGCUGCUUGCACUAGGGAAUGUGGAGAGAGCGUUCUGUGGCAAAUCAGGGAAGCAGCAAUAUGCCACUGUGUAGAAGUGAAUAAAAAUUCCAAAUUUGUACUUUCUUUGCAAAGUGAGAUGAAAGGAGGUUUAGGGAAUACACAUUUUAUUCCGGGGGGAGAGAAUAAAACCGUGCCAGUGUCAUACCAGUAGCUUAUAGUCUCGGCACUGCUUGGUCUCAGCUGACCUGCCUAGAUCCCUACAGCAGAGGGGCGUGAGAACUCCCUUCUGGAUCCUCUUCCCAACACGUCAGAGUGAUAGAGCACCUACCUGCUGGGCCAUGGGCCGAGGGCAGGUGCAGCACAUAUGGAAAUGACCACACCGGCGGUUUACUCUUCACGUGAGAAACUGUCGUUGGUGUUGAAAUACACAGAUAUGAUACAUAUAGACAUAUGAUGGAGAAACCUAUACACCAGUGGAAGGUAAAGAAAAAUGACAGAAUGGAAAAUGAUGUUUUGGGUGGGCAAAGAAGUUAGUUGAGAAUCUAAAUAGCUUUUUACAAAAAGAGGGCUCUGAGUUCAGUUCUGUCAUAUUAUUAAGUAGAUUUUAAUCUUACAAUCAAACAUGACUUCCCCACAGUGAAGGAACUAGGGAUUGCUGGGCAAUUAAUCCAGUGAUACAACAUAGUUAGCCAAAAAUGUAAUGUGUAUUUAUGAGUUUGAGGGGUUUUUUUAAUCAGGCUUUUUUGUUCUUCUAGAGAUGCUUGCUGAUUUUUAAAACAAUGAUUUUAAUUGUUCAUUAGUUUCUCUUGCGUACGUAUUUAUGACUGUGUUAAUGAGUAGUGAAAGAUUUGGGAAGACAGCUUCAGAAAGAAGGAACACAAAAGCCUAAAUAAUCCAUGGGCUAGAAAAGGAAUCCCUGAAUAAUCAAGAGUUGGCGGUUUUGCAGAGAUGCUCAAGCCUUUAAUGGAAAUGAGAUGUGAAGUCACCCAACACAGGCCUCAGAGCAUCGUCCUCGUGUGACUCUCGUGGGGACUGAUGUUAAGAAUGCCUCUUCAUUCUUUGUUCGUGUUACUCCUUGUGGGUUUGUCUUUAGUGACAUUUUGACAAUCACUUCCCUGAAGACUCUUGUGAACUAGUGGGACCUGGUCAUAAUCAGAGAUAGCAGUCUUUAAUCAUGGACAGUCUUACUGGAUUCUUUCGAUAUAAGGAAAUGUUAUUUGCACUGCCGAAUAGGAAGAGUGAGUUAUUUUCUUCAUGACACAGGAUUUCACUCCAGAGUUACCAUCGUGAGGGGGUCCGCUCUGGUCCACAAGGAUGACUAAAAAUGGUUAGUCUUACUUUUUUGCCAUGUAAUACUGGGAACCUUAUGUCUGUUCACGUGAAAGGCCAAGUCCAAAGCAGAAGGUACACUGGUUUAUGAUAUAAGGGGGUGGAGACUAAUAUGUUUGGGACCAAAACCACCGACAUUGGACAUUUCUAGAUCACAGAGGGGCCGGGUGCUCUCUGGAGCAAUCACUGGUUGGUGCUUUAUUGCAAUCAUUUUGCAUUGAUCCUCAACAAUUAGGAACUGGACCCUGGGAAUAAGCUGAGGGUUGCUGAACUGCUGGGGGAGGGGGCGUUGGCCAUAUGGAAGAUAAAAUUGGGGUUUUUCUGCAAAAUUUCCAUUGGAGGAUUUUUACAUUUAAUAUUUUUUAAAACAAUUAAAAGAGCAAAAAAAUUUUAAGUGUAUUCUAGUUGCAAAGUAGGCACACAUAUUUUGAAUGGCUUUAUUUUUAUUGUGUAGAACUGUUGAACACAGGACCGGUGCACAAGCUCUUUACACAUGAGGGGUCUGCAUUUUACAGUAACUUAUCUCGUGACUGGGUAAUGAAACAGUUACACACGGACCUGCCAUUGUUGCAUUAAGUGCUUUCAUUUUCCUUACAGUUAUUACAAAGUUGUAUUUAUUUUAUACAGAUGGGUUUUCGUUUUCCUGAUGCCAUAUGUUUACUUCAGCUUGUUGACCUGUUUCUCUUUCUUUGUUACCUGCAUGUUGAAAUGUACGCUCAGAAUGAAUGUAAAGGCUGUGGCAACUGUCUUUAAUUUUUGUAAAGGGCUGGUCACAUGCGGAUCUGGUUUAUGAACACAUACGGGUUAUUUUAGUAACUGGAUCACCUUUUCAGAAAUUGAGAUGUGAACACCAAAAGAAGCAUUUUCUCACAACAACAACAAAAAUAUGAAUAGCUGGUUCUAUUUUUUUUUAACCUAGAAAAAAUAAAGUUGAUUUUUUUCAAGUAAAGUGCUUUUACUUCUUAGUGGUGGGGACGGGGUGUUUGUGUGUUUCUGGAGGUAUUUUGGCAUGAACAUCUGUGGGCAUGUACUUGGGAGCACACUUGGCAGCUGGAUGCUGAGGGCAAACUGAAAACCAAGUGAAAAAAACAGUGUACUUCCUUCUUUGGUUUUAAACUCUUUCCUCCACUCCUUCCCUGCUCUCCCCCUUGGUAUGGUGGAGAUACUGCUAUCCUGGUGGUAUACUGGUAAAUGUUGAACAGGCCGUUCUCCUGGGGAAAAAAAAAAUGAUGUGUGCAGAUGUACGUAAGAUGGCUAUAAAUUUUCCUGAUACAAGAAUAUAGAACACAAUU